AUGCUGCAGCCACGUGUGUCAGCAGCAACUUUGAUUGCAUGUGCUUUUGGAUGGCAGUUGCGGUGUUUGGUGUUGAGCGCUUCGCGAUUCCAGCACAUUCUAAAUGAUCCUGGUCAGACCAGCGAGGCCUACGCAGGUCAUGCUGGCCGUGCAUUGUCUUUGGUGUGUUCAAAGCGUCGUGGAACGAUUCUGAGCGACUUUUGCAAGAAGGAACUGGCGCGCCUAAAUCCCGGCAGCAAAAUUGAAGGACCUACCCCGGGGAAUCGUUGCAAUGGAGCCCGGAGGUCAGCUUCACAGGCGGAGUAUGACUUUAGCAUGGACGGUGCCAAAAUUAGAUGCAAAAGUGCGCAAAUGUCAUGGAAGAGAAGGGAGAAUCGUUGGGUUGUAAACUUUCGUUCCGUCAAGCUGCCAUGGCCAGGAUUUCGCGACCAGGCCCCGUUCGACCAUUUGUACCUAAUACUGUUCAGCCCAGACAGCUUACACAUCAUCAAGCAUGACCUUCGGACCGGAGUGUAUUCAGUUGGCAAGUCAACAGGAAGCGAAGGUCAUAGCAUUCAUGUCCGUGGUCCACCCGGACAGAAAUGCUGGCAAACUGCACGAUCGCAAAUUCUGCAGAAGUUGCUGGCUCCAGGUCAUGGUCACUGCAAACUCGUGGCUCACAUAGAUUUAUCAGGUGCUGAGCUCAGGAGCUGGGUAGCUCAGCGGAUACAAGAACUGACAAAACUUCAAGACCAUGCAUACAAAGCCGUGCCACUGAACCAUAUGUCACCACAGCUUCGUGGCUUGCGAAUUGAGGAAAUAGCCUUCGAAGUGGACCGCCAAGUUCUUCAUCCAGGUUGUUCAUAUUCGCGAGCUUCGUCCAAAGUAGACUGGGUUCGUGGUGAUGUCAGAGUAGAAGUCAAGCACGGGCAGAUGCGUUUCAACCAAGGCCCAAGACGUUGGGAAUGUUCUUUCUCGAACAUCCAGUGUGCAAGCGGUGGAGUUCGUGCGUGUGAUAUGUUUGACGAACUGUGGCUUGCAAUCUACAGUCCCUUUGGUAUUCAUAUUCUGAAACAUCCUGGUGGCAAAAUCCGCUUCAGCCUCAACGGAUUGAAAGAGCAAGCUGUUGGAAAACAACUGCAUGUCCUGGGCGGCAGGAAUGUGCUUGAUGUCAGGAAGGCCCAGGACGAAAUGCUCAAAAAGAUGGAGGCAUGGGGCUGCCAGCCUCUUGCAACAAUUCUUUGGUGA